AAUUUCUUUUCUGCAUCAGAAAAUAAAUGGUCAAAAUCAAAUGAUGAAGGUUAUACUCGUGGUUUUUGUCAAUUUAUUCUUGAUCCUAUAUAUAAACUAUUUCGAGCUAUUAUGAAUUAUAACAAAGAUGAAUGUAUACAAUUAUUAGAAAAAUUAAAUAUUAAAUUACGGGAUGAUGAUCAUAAUAAAUUAGAAGAAGAAGAAGGUGGUGAAGGAUUAUUAAAAUAUAUAAUGAAACAAUGGUUACCAGCUGAUAAUGUUCCUCUUACAAUGAUUGCUAUUCAUUUACCAUCACCUAUUGUUGCACAAAAAUAUCGAGCUGAACUUCUUUAUGUUUCAAGAGAUGAUGAAAUAUUUUCGAGUAUUCAACAAUGUAAUCCAACAGGUCCAUUGAUGAUGUACAUCUCAAAUAUGAUACCAACAUUAGAUAAAGGUCGUUUCUAUGCUUUUGGUCGUGUCUUUUCUGGUGUGGUUCAAACAGGUCAAACAGCACGUAUUAUGGGUCCUGAUUAUGUAUUAGGGAAAAAAGAAGAUCUUUUUAUAAAUAAUAUUGAAAGAACAGUUCUUAUGAUGGGUCAUAAUAUUGAACCAAUUGAAGAUGUACCCUGUGGUAAUAUUUGUAGUCUUAUUGGUAUUGAUAAAUAUUUAAUUAAAACUGGCACAAUUACAACCUAUGAGAAUGCACAUAAUCUUCGUGCAAUGAAAUUUUAUAUUAGUCCUGUUGUACGUGUUAAUGUUGAACCAAUAAAUCCAAUCGAUUUACCAAAAUUAGUCGAAGGUUUAAAAUAUUUACAGAAAUCAGAUUCUAUCGUUCAAUGUGGUUGUGAAGAUUCAGGAGAAUGUUUUGUGGCUGGUACUGGUGAAUUACAUUUAAAAAUUUCAUUGAAAAAUCUUGAAGAAAAUUAUGCUGGUAUUCCAAUGAAAAUUUCUGAUCCAAUUGUAUCCUAUCGUGAAACAGUAUCUGAAGAAUCAGAAAUAAUGUGUUUAUCAAAAUCUCCUAAUAAACAUAAUCGUUUCUAUAUGAAAGCUCAACCAAUGCCUUAUGGUUUAUGCGAUAAUAUUGAUAAAGAUAAAGUUACUUAUGAUCAAGAAUUUAAAGCACGUGCUCGAUAUUUAGCUGAAACAUACAAUUAUGAUGUAGCUGACGCACGUAGAAUUUGGUGUUUCGGACCCGAAGGAACUGGACCAAAUCUUCUGAUAGAUUGUACUAAAGGUGUACAAUAUUUAAAUGAAAAGAAAGAGCAUUCUAUUCUUGGUUUUCAAUGGGCUACAAGAGAAGGUAUACUGGCAGAAGAACAGGUUCGAGGUGUUCGUUUCGAUAUUCAUGAUGUUACUGGCACGACUGAUGCUAUACAUUGUGGUGGUGGUCAAAUUAUCCCGACUAUUCGCCGUGCAAUGUAUGCAUCAAUGCUUACAGCUAAACCACGUCUUUUUGAACCGAUGUAUUUAUGUGAAGUACAAUGCUCGGAGGUUAAUGUUGGUAAAGUUUAUGAUGUCUUAAAUCGCCGUCGUGGCCGUGUAUUUGAAGAACAUCGUAUUCCUGGAACACCUAUGCUUCUUGUGAAAGGUCAUUUACCUGUUAAUGAAUCAUUUGAUUUGACUACUGAUAUUCAUUCAAAUACAGAUGGGCAAGCAUUUUCACAAUGUAUAUUUGAUCAUUGGCAAAUAAUAAAUCAAGAUCCAUUUGAUGAAACCUCUCAAAUUCGCCAAAUUAUCAAUACUAUUCGAAAACGUAAAGGAUUGGAAGAAGGUAUUCCAUUAUUAGAUAAAUAUCUUGACAAAUUAUAA